CGGGUGGCGCGGCUGAGAACGCAGUGGGGAGCGAUGCCUGCGCGAAGCCGCCACCGCCCCCGCCUCCAUUCUGGCUCCCCACCCCGGGCGCCGCCCCCGCCACUCGAGGCGCUUCACUCCGGGGAGGCCCGGAGGGCCCUCGACUCCGACGGCUCGGACGCCGACUCGGAGGGGUGUCCGGGUAGCCCAACUCGGACAGCGGAGAGUGUGGAAGAGGAAAUGGCUGGUCCUAAUCAGCUCUGCAUUCGCCGAUGGACCACCAAGCAUGUAGCUGUUUGGCUGAAAGAUGAAGGCUUUUUUGAAUAUGUGGAUAUUUUAUGCAAUAAGCACCGACUUGAUGGAAUCACAUUGCUAACAUUGACUGAAUAUGAUCUCCGGUCUCCUCCUUUGGAAAUAAAAGUCUUAGGGGACAUUAAAAGGUUAAUGCUGUCAAUCCGAAAAUUGCAGAAAAUACAUAUUGAUGUUUUAGAAGAGAUGGGAUACAGCAGCGACAGCCCCAUGGGUUCCAUGACUCCAUUCAUCAGUGCUCUUCAGAGUGCAGAAUGGCUGUGUAAUGGGGAACCUUCACAUGACUGUGAUGGACCCAUCACUGAUUUGAAUUCUGAUCAGUACCAGUACAUGAAUGGUAAAAACAAACAUUCUAUUCGCAGAUUGGACCCAGAGUAUUGGAAGACCAUACUCAGUUGUAUAUAUGUUUUUAUAGUAUUCGGGUUUACAUCUUUCAUUAUGGUUAUAGUCCAUGAACGAGUGCCUGACAUGCAGACCUAUCCACCACUCCCAGAUAUAUUCUUAGACAGUGUUCCACGAAUCCCAUGGGCCUUUGCCAUGACAGAAGUAUGUGGUAUGAUUCUGUGCUACAUUUGGCUCCUGGUUCUUCUUCUUCACAAGCACAGGUCAAUUCUUCUGCGAAGGCUCUGUAGUCUGAUGGGCACUGUAUUCUUGCUUCGCUGCUUUACCAUGUUUGUGACUUCCCUCUCCGUACCAGGACAGCAUCUACAGUGUACUGGAAAGAUAUAUGGCAGUGUAUGGGAGAAACUACACCGGGCCUUUGCCAUUUGGAGUGGCUUUGGUAUGACUCUAACUGGUGUUCACACUUGUGGAGAUUACAUGUUCAGUGGUCACACGGUUGUCCUAACUAUGCUGAAUUUCUUUGUCACUGAAUAUACACCAAGAAGCUGGAAUUUCUUGCACACUUUAUCCUGGGUUCUCAACCUCUUUGGAAUCUUCUUCAUUUUAGCUGCCCAUGAACAUUAUUCCAUUGAUGUGUUUAUUGCCUUUUAUAUCACUACAAGACUCUUUUUGUACUACCAUACUCUGGCCAAUACCAGAGCAUAUCAGCAAAGUAGGAGAGCAAGGAUUUGGUUUCCUAUGUUUUCUUUUUUUGAAUGCAAUGUUAAUGGUACAGUACCUAAUGAAUAUUGUUGGCCAUUUUCAAAGCCAGCAAUAAUGAAAAGACUGAUUGGAUGAAGAACAUCUUUGUGUAAUGCAUUCAUGAUUAAAUAUACAGUAGCUGUUGAAAAUGAAUAACUUUGCUUUCUCCCUCUAGAUUGUUCCUGGAUGCCUUGCUUGCUGUGUUACAUGUUGACAAAGUAAAGUUUCCUGUUAUGAGCAAGGCUGUGAUUACAGAAAGCAAGGAAGAACAAUCAAGAGUCCUUAUAUUAUCUGUUUAAAAAGAAAGCUUAAGUGGAUGUUUUCUGCCCCUUCUCUUUAGGCAGACUUAAUGUUGUGGUUGAAGUUGGCUUGUUAUCCUUAUGUGUUGAGUAUUUGCUUAUUGAACUUAAGCAAAUUAACUUAAGCAAUUUGCUGGCUAAAGGACUUUUUUUUCUAGUAGGAUUCUGGUCAAGAAAUAAUUUUUGAAACUGGUUAUCUUCAUAAGAAAAGCCCCAACCAAUUGAGUAGUAGUUGUGCUCACUUGAACUAAUUUUUGUGUCUUUUUUAAAAGUGCAUUUCUUAAAACCAUUUUUAAGAAUAUGAACCAUUUUUUUUUUAAAAAAGCAUACUGAACAUAUUAGGAUGACUGGAACUAGAAGAGAAUGUAAGGAAUCACCCUGUGUUGAUAAAGUACUCAUGAUGAAGCCACAGGCAUCCUUAUAAUACAAAUACAAAGCUGGCAUUUUUAACCAAAGAUGUGGGAAAAAGAUUGGAGUUCCUAUUUUUUCUCAGUGCUCAGUAUAACUAUCAGUAAAUAUUCACGAGGGAAAAAUGGUUGCAUCCCCAAAACUAAAAUUGGCUUGAUUUUAGUUAUAUACGUACCCGGAAUAAUUUGUCCUAUAGUUGUUAGGUGACAUCCCAGUUUUAGCUUCUUUAAUGCUGUGAUCUAGUGAGCAAAAUAGUGGAGUAUUUUACUAGAUGUUAAAGUUCUUACAUCUACGUCUUUAUAAAUAGGGAGUCAUGCAUGCAAAGGAUAUUUUUUUCUUCUGAAAAGAAAUUUAUAAAUUUAUAAGGUUGCAAGUGUAAUACAAUGUUUUUGCUUUGGAAAUUUCUCAUUCUUGACCAUCAGAAGUAAGCCAUCUCAGACAUACUUGGAUUAAAAAAAUAUUUCAUUGUUUUUAAAUACAAUUGUGUACAUACAUUCUUUCUAUUUAGUCUGAAUUUGGCAGUCAGAAGGUAAUAUAACUUAAUUGCUGUUUAUAACACUAGACAUUUAGUACCUUAAGUAAUAUGACCUCUGUGAUAACAGUCACUUUACUUUUAAGGGUUUUGUAUAGUAGUUAUGAUAGUAGGAUGGCUAUGGAAUUGGACUGAGAAUCCCAACUGAUAUCUACUUGGAAUGUUAAUUGUGUAGUUUUUGCAUUCCACUUUAAAACAAGGAACCUAGAAUAAGUUUGGCAUAUUAAGGUCUGAGAUCAGGCCACUCAGACAGAAUCUUGCUUUCUAUGUGGGUGAAAUUUUUUAAUUUUGCACUUUGGGUAAUUUUCCCAACUCUGUAAACUACAGAGGGAUGAAUGGAUUGGCAAAAAAGGAAUAUUACACAAACACAUUUUAGCAAGUGCUAAAUGAUCUCAAUUUUGGUUCAACAUUGAUUUUUAUUUCUUUUUUGAGAAGUGGUAGAAGGCAAUUCAAGGUAUGCCUUUAAAUCAUAUACUUCAGAAUCUUGUAUCUUAAAUUGUAGAUUCUGUGACAUUCUAGGAAUAAAAAUGCAAACUGAAGAAACUACAUAAUCAUGAAGAGUGAAGAAUGCUUUUCUCUUCACUUAGACUAAUUUGACCCUUGUGAUCAAAAGAUGUGUUACUGCCAAUUUUCCUAAAUGACAGCAAAUAAUCUAAUUUACUAGAUUGAGAUUUUUGGGGGGAAGUGUUUGGAAAAAAAAUCUGUGGCAACAUUAAUUCAAGAAUGUUAAAUAGUUAAUGGUAAAUUUCUGAAAAGUCCAUCUUAUUUCCUUCUAGUGGAUUCUAUUCUAGAAUAAAUUUUUAAAAAAAAGCUUUGCAGAGCUAUUGAGAUUGCAUAACAGCAGAUGGUAGUCAGGAUUGUUAAAAAAAAAAAAAAACCACUGCUUUAUCUUUGUAGAAAAGCUAGAUUUAUAAUUUAUUGUUUUAACUGUUAUAAGGCAGUGUUUACAUCAAUUAUCUUCAAGUCUCGGAAUAGCUUUAGACUUUUUUAAAAUAUUAAGCCUGUAUUUUAGUUGAUUUUUUUUUUUAAUUGUCCAGAAAUUUCCAGAUUUUGUCUUUGUGGCUUUUGGUUGUUUUAAAAUUUAAACCACAGUCGAGGUAGCAUUUAAAAUUUACACUUGGAAGGUGAAUAUGGCAGAGAAGCUACAUGCCUUAGAUCUAAAUAUAUUUUGCUUUGUAUUAGGUUCUACGGUUUCAUACUUGAGCAGCAUGCAUCAUUAACAUUGAGCCCUUAGUAUAGAAGUAACCAAGUAACUUUGGUUUGGAAUGCAAACUGGUGGUUUUAUUGAAUGUCCUUAAUUCAAAGCCAUAGAAAAGAAAACUUUUUCUGUGUUUCUGGGGACAGUGUUGCCUUUUUGUUUUGUUUCUUUUUAAAGUUCUACAAGGCAGUGUUACUCAAGGGUAAUUGAAGUUUGUAAGGGAUAAAAGAUUUUGAAGAAAGUAAGAUUUCUGUUAACACCAGCAUUUUGGGGAGAAAUAGUUUUUGGCUAUGUUACAAAAUUCUCAAUGUAGGUAUUACCUCCAGUCCUCUGUGGCCAAAAUUGUUAGGGUAAAAGAACAACUCCAUAUGCUGGUUUUUUUUUUAUUUGUGUCCUUUUAAAUCAGAAAACAAUGUUUAGUCUUUCAGAUAGUCAAUUAAGUAAGUGGGGACUGUUGACAAUGGAAGAGACCCAUUGAGUUGAGAGACCUGCUGAUCAGUGAGUGUAACUCUUGACACUGCAUUCUUUUGUAUCCUAUACAUGCCUGAGGGUGUUCCUUAGAAUUCUAAAAAUCUUCUAACUUAUAGAUUGAGAACAGAGUUUCCAAAUCUUUUUUGCUUUAAAGCUAUCUCUUUGUAAAGUGUUACUCAUGUAUUCAAAGUCAUUCAUAACACUAACCUGCUUUGACUGUAGUCAGCAAAAGGCAAUUUCAUCAUUAAUUGUAUAUGAACUCUUCAGGAUUCUAGUUCUAAAAUACUUGAGAAUAACCAUGUUUUUAUUUAAACACUGUUCUAAUAAAUUUAACCCUUUUAUAGCCUCUUUUUAAACUUAAGUUAUCCUUUUUUAAAAAUAAUUACAAUAUUCAUUUGUCAGUUCUUUAAGAUAUUCAGGCAUUUGAGAUAAGAAAACUUUUUUAGAAUAGUCCAUUUACUUAAACUAUUAGUUUCGUUUAUAUAGUUUCAAAGUCAAAAAAGCAUGUCACUAUGCCAAUUUUACUUGACAGUUUGUAAAAAAUUUAGCCCAGAUUGUCCCUUAUACCUCUGUAGAGAAGAAGUUAAUAAAAUCAAAAGUCAGAAGCUUUGGGUGACCAAUAAGAAAAGAAAGAGGUUGAGAUUGUUUUUUUUCCUUUAUCUCUGUCUUUAAGUGGCUUUGAAUGACUGAAAUUACUAUGGAAGUAGAUUUUGGUCCCUCUUACCCCCAAGAGUUGGCACCAAUUUAAAGUAACUAAAAUGUGGUAGGUUACUCUGCAUCAAGUUUAAUAAAAAAAAUCUAUGAAAUUUAUAAGCCAUAUUUCAGCAAUGAAAAAGUUGGCUUUUAGAAUAUGUUCUACCCUAAAUUAACCAAAGGAUUUUUCUAUUCAGUGUAGUCUGUUUAAACAUAGGGAGCUUUGUACCUCAUAGGGACACAGAAAGAAGAUUGUUCAUUGUUCUUCCAGGCCUGUUUCAGUCUGAACUACUGGGUUGUCUGAGCAUAGCCAAAUGAUGUUACCAGUCAGUAAUAUCAUAUUAAAAAUGCCUAAUUUUAAGUUAUUAAAUAAGAACGUCUAUAGAUUGUUAGGACAUUUCUUGUGUUCCUGACAUGGAACAAAGGAAGAACUGGUACUCUACUGUGGGAAGCAAAAUUUAUCUUGGAUUAAAGUGGGCAUGUUUUGUUCUAUGAAUUCUACCUAAAUGUCACCCUAUCCACAGAGAAACUAGAAUUACUUGAAGAUGUGAAAGAAAGUUCCUGUGGUAGCCAUACCUUAAAGCACAGUAUUGUAUAUAAGUAAAUAUCUUAAUUCUAAAUUAAAAUCCAGAUUUAACUAA